GGUUCCCGGAGACAUCAGACCUACUGAAUUAUAAAAUAUUUCACAGUUGUGAGGACAGAGGAACAGUUUAAAACCGACAGAAUGCAUUUAACUCCUUUUUCUACGCGCUGGUUUGGCUAUCAAGGUGUAACUCUUCUGUCAAGUUAAGACCAAAGACGGCAGCCACCCAGUUCUUGCUCUUCAAGAAAAACCUGCUGUGUUUGCUGGUCCUUCACAUUUAGUCUGUCAGGUGCACUUACGUGACUUGGAUUUUUUUCUACAUAAGACGUAAUCCUCCCAGCGUUCCUCAUUUUAUUAAGUUGCUGUUCUAGUCUCAAACAGGCUAAACUUCUUUGGGUUUGCGUUGUUGAAGUAUGGCUGAACCUGCUGAAUUGCUGCUUAUUAAGGACCAGUAUAAGUUGGCGUUUCAUGCUCUGAGUCGUGGAUUGGCAGCUGAAGAGGCUGACAAAAGAUCAGAGGCCCUGGUGUAUUACAGGAAGGGUCAGCAGCAUCUUACUCAGGGACUGGAAAUUCCCACCGGGGGAGAGAGGCACCAAGGAGUGGUCUGGGACAGAGCCAGGCAGCUUCAGCAGAGGAUGGGGGACACUCUGAGGAACCUCAGUGUCCAUCUUUCUAACCUGGAAAUAUCCCAGCAGACAACAGGAGAGCAGAGGUACUUACUGUUGAAGGAUCUUCCUCCUAAUUUUUAUCCAGACUUGGCAAGAAACAGUCUGCCCUCCCGUAACUCUCUCCACCAUCUGUACCCCAUCAUUCCUGCUGCCACCCAGAACACAACCCCAACCCCCAACACGGCCCCUGUCAGACCUGCUCCCCCUGCUGUUCCACACACACGCUUACUCGCUGCAGCAGGACAGGGUAUUGUAGCCAUGGACAACCCAGGGGACCAGCCUCCAGCAUACACACCAAAGCCCACAGAUGGGCACCGCAGCCUGGCUUAUAGUCCUUCUGGAGGCGGCCUUGGAUCAGGAAAGCCAAGUGGAGCAGCAGCAGCUGGAGGAGAUGGAAGUGAACUGCUUUGUAUCCCUUCUGGGGUGCAGCUGUUUUUUGUGGAACCCAAUGGACAGGUCAGCUCUCUGUCUUAUCCAGGCUACCUCCGCAUCAUUGCGGUCAACAACCAGAACAGGGCUUCUGCUGCUGGGAAUUUCUCUGUGUUUUUACAAGUGUGUGACCGCCUAUAUCAGCUGACAACAGACACUCCAGUGCUGCUUGCUAACUCUGGGAUCUUCAUGUUUCCUGACUCACUGGCAGAGACACCAGGGUCCUAUGUGGGCAUAGUGCUCUCCUCUGAACUGCCUGUUACUGACCGUGAGAUAUUUCAGGACCUCCUAUCCCAGCUGACGCAAUUCAGGGUCCAAGGCACAGAAGGAGCAGAAGUCAUCAACUUGAGUACAAAAGUACCCUUUGGUUCCCUGAAUGAGAAAGAAAAACCACCUCUCCCUGGAUGGAGUGAGAAAAUGUCUCAAGGAAUCUUAUCAGGAGCAACGCAAUUAAGUCAGUCAUUUGCAAAAGGAGCCGAGGCCACUGGGAUAGCCAUUCAAAAAGGAGCAGCCAAGAUCCGGGACCGCAUCACACCUGAGGAAACUCCAUCAGAGGUCAGCCCGCGUGUCACCAAAGGUCUGAACAUGGCUAAACAGACCACUGGCGGUGCUGUUCGAGUCAGCCAGUUUUUAGUGAAUGGUGUGAGUACAGUGGCAGGACAUAUAGCAGAUAAGGUGGCACCCCAUGUGAAGAAACAUGGUGCUAAGCUGGUCCCAGAGUCUUUGAAAAAGAGCCAAGAUGGCCGUGCCUCUAACCUUGAUGGAGCUAAGUUUGUAGCAGCCAGCAGCGUACAGGGUUUUUCUGCCAUUUGGUCGAGUCUGGAAACUGGAGCAAAGCAUGUUUGCAAAAGUGUUGCAACUGAGACAGUCACAACAGUGAAGUACAAGUAUGGUGAAGAUGCAGGCCAAGCCACAGACACUGGUCUCCAGUCAGUGGCCAAUAUUGGUUUGACUGCAUACAACAUUGACAAUCUGGGCAUCAAAGGCCUCCUGAAAACUACUGGCAAGCAGACAGCCAAGGCUAUGGCUGGUAGCCAAAAUGGACAGGCAGCAGAAACUGAAGGGAAGGAGGUGCAGAAAGAACAACAUGCACACAGUGUUGAGAAGAAGGAGCUAAAGAAAGAGACGGAAAAGAAGAAAUAAUUUUUUUUUUUUUUUUGCAGGAUGCUAAUGUUUCUAGUCAUUCACUGUCAACUUAGUAACUCACCUAAUUUAUAUAUUAAAAUAUUUAUUAUCAAAGAUGGAUGUAAAACUAUCGGAAAUCAGUUUAAGUGCACUUUUCUUAUCCUGUUUUCAAAUUAUUGGUUCUAAAUGUGAUGCUGUAUUUUCUAUUUAGUAAAACUUUUAACACUUCAGAAUUAUACAAGCUUGUUAUUUUAUGAAUGUGUUCUGUAUGUUUUGCUGAUUAUUCAGGUACCGCAUCACUAAACGUGGUAGUAGCACACAAGCACAAUGGUACUGCUUGGCAAAGCAAGAUCUGUUCUUUUCCCCCAUUUAAUUAAGAUCCCUGGGGUUAGCAACACAUUUUGGCACUUUGAACUACGUGGUACGUAGUUUUAAGCCUAAAUAAGCACUAAAUGAACUGUAUAAAUGACUUGUAAAAGCAACGGAGGAAAAAAGUUGUAAAUAAGA